AUGACUACCACAGAGAAAGUUCAACUUCCCGAGAAUUCCGAUGGAGAACCCUCCUCCCAUGAGGCAGCAUCAAACUCUCAGAUGAAGUCUCCUCCAUAUCCCUACGCCUUUGCUCUCCAGCAUAUUGGCAAAACCUUUCCUCCCUACUUCCAGAGUCCGGAGAAGUCGGCAGAGUUGUUGGCAACGAUGCGCACCAUUUCACCAACAAAUACAUUUCACACUGAUUUCUGGAAAGGCUUCCUCUUUCAAAAACUACCAGAACGGAUUCAGUCACUAGUGGUAGAUAAUCUACACACUUAUACGGGUGAUCAACUCGCGCACAUGGCCGAUAUUAUUUAUGAAAGAAUGUAUGGGUGCUCAGAUUAUCGAUUUUACAUAACUGACCAGAUUUCAGGAGCGAAAUUCUUGAUUGGAACUGGUUCUUCACAUUCUACCAUUCCAAAAAAAAAUUUAGAGCGUUUUUUAAAUAAACAAGAGGACCUUCUGAAAAAGUCGAAACAUGAAGGCAUGGAAGCACAUGGAGUGAGGGAAAUGAGCGUGAAUUUCUCAACUGGAAGAGUUUUGCGUUGGAAUUUUUACGUGACAGACGUGCCAACUCCCAUUAUAGGUGCUGAUUUCUUGGCAUAUUACAACCUUGUUCUUGAUCUCAAAAAUCGGAAAUUAAUUGACAAUCACUACAAACCCACUUUGUUUGGCCCAGAGCACGAUGACACUAUGUAUUACAAUUGGUCAGAAGUUGAGACUGUGCGUGAUAAAGUGACCAAAAACCUAGACGGUCACGAAAGUCCAUCGGAGAAUCUGAAUGUAAUGAGCCGUUUUGUGAAGUGGGAUGCACUACGUGAUGAUAUCUGGAAGAGUUGUUUCCUCUCAAUGCUCACUGAAUCCGUUCAAGAGAAUUUGAAAGACAAAAUUACUUCUUGUACAAUCGGUGAACUUGCAUUUCAAGGCGACUGCAUUCAUAACGAACAUCACCAUGAUAACAAUCAUCGUCUCUUUGUAACCGAUAGCAUCUCUCAUAUGGCAUAUUUGGUUGAUUCGGGGUCCCAUUUCUCUCAAAUUCCCAACGAUGGAAUUUCGCCACCCAUCCCUUUUAGUAGAAUUGUAAGGCUAAAUGGCUCUGACCUUAUUGAAUAUGGACAGAAGUGUAUCACUCUGGGUUCAGGAGGGAAUGAAACCUUAACUUGGAAUUUUGUCAUGACGGAUACGCCUAUUCCUAUUAUCGGAGCAGACUUUUUAACAUAUUAUGAACUUCUCGUCGAUCUUCGAAGAAAGCGACUAUUCCGAAGUGCAAAAUUUUAA